AUGAACCUUAAUCCAAGUGUAGACCUCUUGUUUCAGGAUAGUGACAUUCAGUUCAAUUUCGAUAACUGCAAGAAACCAAAGGCUCUCAUGCCUCCAUCGCAAGGUCGCAGAGCAAGGCCUAAGCGGCUGGCAAGACACGCCACGGAGGCGGACCGAGAAAAGGAGAGGCUGGGAAAGAUCGCUGAGAGGGAGCGAACGAGGGUGCUGCUGGAGAAGCUCGACCCGCUGGUGCCGCUGACCAAACAACCUGCGCCGUCCUCGAGGGGGAGCCUGCGAACGAAGCGAACGCUGAUCGACCUGUAUGAGGAUGCGAUAGCGCACCUUCAGAGCAUACGAUGUGAGGACAUGAAGAAGCCCUCCAAGCGGAUGAGGGAUGGAGCAUGUCACUUGUCGCUGACAGUGUAUCGGGAGGGGUUGAUGAUGAGCGACACGAUGCUGUGCUUGGAGCUGCUGCUGCCAGACACGCGGGUCGUGCGGGCCAGCAGAGGGCUGGAGCAGCUGUACCUCGGGCUGAGUGGAGGCAGUAUGGCACAAGAGAAGUUUGCGCACUUCUUUCAUCCCGAGGACCUUCAGCAUGCGAGGGCUCACCUGCAAGCGACCGGGAUGCUGCCGUUGCAGUUUGUUGCGCGAGUGAUCGCGAUUGAUGCAAGCCGGCAAGGAAGCAUGCUGAAUGUGAGGUUUGACGCAGCGUAUCCGAAUGCGAUAGAGGGCAGGAUGGUCUACAUGCUGAGCUUGCUGUCGAGCCCCUCGUGGACGUGCUCGGCGAGCUGGGACGGCUUGUCGGAAGUGUCAGGCGUGUACGAGCUGGUGAGCGACAGGUCCACAUCGCACUACCUGACGGACUGCGCGCUGAACCGGGUGGGAGCUGUGGGAGGCUUUCACUUGGGGCUGAACGCGUUUGGGAGCUGCGAGAUGUCGAGCUCAGCGAUCAGUCGGCUGAUGAGUCGGAUAGGAGCGACCUACAGCAUUCUCAGUCAGAAGGGAAGCAGAUUGCUCGAGCGCCUCUCUCAGGUUCAUUUUGUGGUUGACUUCAGGCCAGAGAUCCCGGUCAUCUGCAUUCACGUGCGGCUGAGGCUGCCAAACGUGUUCGGGACUUUCAAGACGCCUUGGUCAAAGGUGCUCACGGCAACGUGCGAUGGAUCGCCGAUCGAAGGCAUUGUAAGGAUCCCCGGAUCAGCUGUUGGCUUCUUCAACCACAGAAACGUUCCUGGUCAGCUCUCGGUGCUCUACUACAAGCGAGACGGAGACGCCUGGCGGAUCUUUCACCACCGCCUUUAUAACUUCAGCCCUGAUCUGGUCAGCCUGAGAGGCGAAGUCUUCACCUCCCUCGGAGAAGAUCCUUUCCCUUACUCCCUUCACUUCCGCAAGGUCGAGGAGGCCGACCGCACCAUCUUAGCUGCUACAGAGCUUUCGUGA